AUGACGCACCGCAGGUUUGCGGACGUGGCGGCUGUCGGUGCGGAAGGCGGAGACGCGGGCGACGGCGGCGACUGUGGCGACCGUGGCAGAAGCCGAUCCAGACACCCGAGAACCUGGAGUCGGUCAUGAACGUCUCCGGGGCUGCGGCUGUGGUGGUGGGCAUAACUGUGUCGCCGCGCCCCUGCUAGAGUACAGUUAUAAAAUCAUGGCGGGGAGGAAUCAGAAUCGCACUGUUUCUCACCCAGGACCGCAGGCCAGUGGCCAUGUACAUGCCUUUGGGAAUUGUACAGACAAUGACAUGUUGGAAGAAGACGCUGAAGUCUACGAGCUUCGGUCCAGAGGAAAGGAGAAGGUGCGAAGGAGCACUUCGAGAGAUAGACUUGAUGACAUUGUUUUAUUAACAAAGGAUAUCCAGGAAGGAGACACUCUAAACGCAGUGGCCCUUCAGUACUGCUGUACGGUAGCAGAUAUCAAAAGAGUUAACAAUCUCAUCAGCGAUCAAGACUUUUUUGCUCUUAGGUCUAUCAAAAUUCCAGUUAAAAGGUUUAGUUCUUUGACAGAAACUCUUCAUCCUCUGAAAGGAAGACAAGUUUCGCAUCCUCCGCCUGUUCCCUAUUUUCAAGAGCAAGACAUUGUGCCAGCUGAUGACUCCCUUUCUUCCAGUGAAUCAGCUGGCAGUUUCCUAAAAGAAGUGGACCGGGACAUAGAGCAGAUAGUCAAGUGUACAGACACCAAGAAGGAGAACCUGAAUGAGGUAGUGUCUGCCUUAACGGCGCAGCAAGUCAGCUUUGAACCUGAUAACAAAAGCAUUCACCGGAAGGAUCCGUAUUACGGAGCAGACUGGGGGAUUGGUUGGUGGACAGCUGUAGUGAUAAUGUUGAUAGUGGGUAUAAUAACACCGGUGUUUUAUUUGCUGUAUUAUGAAAUUUUAGCUAAAGUGGAUGUUAGUCACCAUUCAACAGUGGGUUCUUCACACUUGCAUCCAGGACUCACGCCUCCAUCACAGCACAGAGAGAUGGAAAAUGGAAUUGCUCCAACAAAAGGAAUACCUGUUGCUCAACAAGAUGACCACAAACUACAUAGGCAAGACCCUCAGGCACAUGAUGCUCAACACAGACCGUAACAGGGAGCUUCGAACAGUGUUAGUUAGUGGUCAUGUGUGCAUAUGGAAUAUGGUGACUCAUUAUCAACAACUGCUUCAAAGUCAGAAUCUAGGAACAUUGGAAGAUGGCUUGUUUUUAUCUCUAAAGUUCCUGAGUCUUUUACAAAUGGAUUGUCUAUAACACCUGCAUAUGCUAUAUUAACACUGCUCAGUCCGUUCGCCUGCUGUAUCACUUCUUAAAGCAGAAAUUAAUUUAAAUGUAUAUCUAGGAAUUCUAACUUAGAAGAUGCUGUCAUUUUUCUUAUUCAAGAUUAGUUAUGUUUAAAUUUUAUCUUUUAAAAGAUUGUUUUUUAAUUUAAGGUGGUUCAUGUCAAGGAUUCCAAAUGCUUACAACUGAAGAAAAUUUGAUGCCAUAUCUACCACCAAAUUACUAAUUGUAAAAGUUUUAAUUCUAAAAUUAUUCCUGAUAUCAAGUACUUACCACUUAAAUUUGAAACUUUAAAAACAUGUUUAGCAUAUGCUCUAUAAAAGCAAAUGUAGAAACAGAUAUGGAAACAUUGUUUAUAAUUUGUGUAAUAUAGGCUAAAAAAUAGAUUAAGUAUUUUAAGACCCCAAAAUAAUGUCUUUGGGUUGGAAACUUCCCAUUUGAUCACAAGGACACUGAAAUAGGUCAAGACCUAUUCCUUAAAAAAAGGAAUCCUUUAUGACUAGCCCUUCUUCAUUUUUAAAAAUACUUGUGUCUGAUAUUUGAAGACACUUUUGUAGAUCUUCGAUAAAGUGUUACACAGAAGAGCAUAUUCAGCAAAUUCCUCUUUACAUACUGUGACUGAUUAUUGCUGUUAUAAAUAGUAACAUGCCUUAAUUAACACUUAAUGCCUUAAAAAGUUACUUUACAUAAGUUCAUGUACACUUCACAAUCAAAGUUAAACCAUUGUGAAUGAUUUUAUUGAAUAGGCUGUCAUUACACAGGCUAUGUAAAUUUGCCUGUCUUCACUUUUAAGCAAAAAUUAAUGGAGUAAAAACAAAUUUGCACAAUCUGCCUGUGAAGUCUUGCAGAAGAAAAUGAUUCAUUAAGCAAAAAUGAGUAAACAGGACUUUUACAUUAACCAUAGAUAGAUUGCUUUAUUUGGUGAUCUACCGAUCUCUGCAUUUCAAAAAAGAACCUGUCUAAUUUAGAUUAUUUCCACCUAAUCUGCAUCAUCCAGUUGAGAAACAUAUGCCAAAGGUGUGUGUGUGUGGCUUGGUCAAAAGGGCUUAAUAGUGGCAUUUUCUACAUCUAAUGUGGGACAACCAAUUUGGCUAAGAAGUGUGUUUUUAAAAUACACCUUUAGGGAGUAGAGUCUGAAUUGCAUGGUUUUUGUGUAAUAUAGUGCAUACCUUAAAAUAUGUUACAUUACCUCAUUUUUUAGACAUUAUUUCCUAAAUCAAUGUUUCAACUUUUAAACAUUUUGUAUAACAAAUUCCAAUCCUAAUACCAGGAGUUAUUACUAUAUAUUUGUUAAUCUGGGAUUUUAUAUACUUUGAGAAGAAAAAGCAUUACAAAAAGACAGACAUGGAAGUCAAUCAUUUUAAAGUCCCUGCAUCGGAGCAGUUUUAGAAAAUUUUCUUUAUUUAAUAAUAGGAACAUUUUGAUAAAUUCAUUCCUUGAAUAAAUCUUAGUUAAUUUUUUUAACAUACCACGUGCAUUUUGAAAUAAUAGUGAUCUUUAAUUAUGCUCAGUGUUAACACAGCCAGUUUACAUUACUUUAUUAAGCCUGCUGAAAAAUCAAGUUUUAAGUAAAAAAAAAAAAUGCAGAUUUCAGGGCACAACAGGCUACAUAACCUCUAUUUACAUCAAACAGAUGAAAUAUAGAGUUGUGAUUUCUUUUUUAGGUGGUUUUACUUAGAAUUGUAAUUGAAGGGUCUGAUCACUUAUGUUUAAAGGAGGAAGUAUAUUUGCUGGUUAAAAUAGUUUCUGUCUUGAGCAUCCUUUCUGAAGGAAAUACAACAUAUGUCCUUAGGAUACAACCAAGCCAUUUCCUUUUCCUAUAUAUCUUAGAAUUAUUAAUAGAAUAUAAUUCUAUAUGUAGAAUUAUGCUUUCAUCUGUAAAAGAAAAAACUGCAACAUUAAUAUUUGAAAGUAUGUUAAAUGUACAUUUGCAAACUGCCAAUUUUUGGCAACUGCAAACUACAUUGUAUUCUAGACAUCAUCAGCACAGUUGUCAUUGUUUGUUACUAUGGAUUAUGCCCAAGCCCUGGAAUUUUCUUUGAGGCUUUAAUUUUUAUGUGUUCAUGUACGUGGAUGCAGUUAUAAACAUAGCAGAUCUGAGUCAUAGCCAUUGAGUUUAUUACCUCACCUAAAAACUUGGAAUUGCAAAUAAAGAAAAAUCUGAUAUUGUUAUAGGGCAAAUUCUUGACCUUGACUUGGUACUUAAGGUUUCUUUUCUGGUGGAGUUUGGUUGUUAAAGCUUUUUUUGUUUGAUUGUUUUUUGUUUCUUGGCUUUUUUUCCUUCGGGACAGGGUUUCUCUGUGUAGCCCUGGCUGUCCUGGAACUCAUUCUGUAGACCAGGCUGGUCUACAAGUCUUGAACUCAGAAAUCGCCUGCCUCUGCCUCCCAAGUGCUGGGACUAAAGUCAUGUGCCACCAGUGCCUGGCAAGCUUUUUUUUUUUUGGA